AUGGCGCCAAAGAAGAAGGCCUCCCGCCAGAAGAAGCCCGCCGUGGACACCGUCCCUCAGGUAGCCAUGGAGACCAUCCCGGCCCAGCUGAAGGUUGAGAGCCGUGGUGACGGUGUGGUGGUGGUGGACAGCGUGGUGAAGAAGAUCGAGCAGAUGGCGGCGCUGGACAUCGCCCAGCUGAACAGCCUCAACCUGCCGCUGCCGCCGCCGGUCAUCAAGCCCGGGGAGCGAGGCCUCGGUCUGGGCAGCGAGCUGACCCGACCCCUGCACGGCAACGCCCUGCUGGAGGAGCUCAGCAAGAUGCGGCAGGAGAAGUUCCUGACUGAUCUGGAGUUGGCUUGUAAGACGAAAGCCUUUGACGUCCACAAGCUGGUCAUCUCCUCCAUCAGUCAGUACUUCAGAGAGAUUCUGGCCAAAGACCCGGGCAUGAAGCGCCUGGAGCUCCCCUCCCUCUCACCUCUUGGCCUGGCUAACGUCAUCACCUUCGCCUACCUGGGUCGCGUCCACAUGUCCCUGUACACCAUCGGCUGCACCGCCUCGGCCGCCGUCACCCUGCAGAUCCCUCAGCUCCUCAAGAUGUGCAUGGACUUCCUGCUGGCCGAACUCAAUGUGCAGACCUGCGUCUACAUCUGGAACAUCGCCGCCGCUUACGGCCUGUCGUCGGUGAGCGACGCCGCCCGCCGCUUCGUCCUGGAGAACUUUGUGCAGUUCGCGGACACGCCGUUGUUCAACCAGCUGACCAUGGAGCAGAUCUCCGCCUUCCUGCAGGAAGACUAUCUGCUGUUGCCUUCAGAGGUCACUGCCUUCCAGUUGGCCAUGAGGUGGCUCGACUUUGACGCCUCCCGUCAGGCUCACGCCGCUGAGCUGCUGUCUCACAUCCGCUUUGAGACGAUCCCAGCCAGCGAGCUGGUGAGCCAGAUCCAGCCGGUGCCCCGCAUGAUGAUGGACCCGCACUGUCACCGCCUGCUGGUGGACGCCAUGAACUACCACCUGCUCCCCUUCCAGCAGAACACCCUGCAGUCCCGACGCACGCAGGUCCGAGCCAGUCAGCAGACUCUGCUCACCGUCGGUGGUCGACCUUCGCUCACAGAGAGAGCUCUCAGCCGCGAGGUGAUGUGGAGGGACCCUCGGGAGGGAGCAGCCACCUGGCGUCACCUCACCCAGCUGCCAGCGAAGAGCUUCAACCAGUGUGUGGCUGUGAUGGACGGCUUCCUGUACGUGGCCGGAGGGGAGGACCAGAACGACGCUCGCAACCAGGCCAAGCACGCCGUCAGCACCCUCAGCAGAUAUGACCCUCGCUUCAACACCUGGCUCCACCUGGCCAGCAUGCGACAGCGCCGCACCCAUUUCUCUCUGACAGCCAGCGGCGGCCGCCUGUUCGCCAUCGGCGGCCGCAACGUGGAGGGUCUGCUGGCCACCACCGAGAGCUACCUGCCCUCCUCCAACACCUGGCAGAUGCGGGCUCCCAUGGAGGUGCCCCGCUGCUGCCACUCCAGCGCCACCCUGCCCUCCGGAGACAUCCUGGUGACCGGCGGGUACAUCAACUGUGCCUACUCACGCUCCGUGGCGUGCUACAACGUUGACACCGACGCCUGGAGCGAGAAGGCCCCCAUGGAGACACCCCGCGGCUGGCACUGCUCCGCCGCCCUCGGAGGAAAGGUGUACGUGGUGGGAGGGAGCCAGCUGGGGCCCGGCGGUGAGCGGGUGGAUGUGCUCUCCGUGGAGGUCUUCUCUCCGGAGAGAAGCGGCUGGACCCGGGCCGCCCCUCUCCUCCUCGGUGUGAGCACCGCCGGCCUGUCCCCGCUGGCCGACAAGCUGUACCUGCUGGGAGGCUGGAACGAGGCGGAGAAGCGCUACAAAGCUGCCGUCCAGAAGUACGACCCGGCCACAGACAGCUGGUCCGUGGCAGAGGAUCUGCCCGAGCCCACGGUGGGAGUGUCCUGCUGCACCUUGACCCUGCCACCCCGCCACGCGCCACGCCGACAGCAGCACCGCAACACCCCGGCCCACGAAGAGCAGCAGCAGGCCGGGAAGAACCGGAGCAGAGAGAGCAGCACGGCUCCUUCCCAAACCGUCACCGCAUAGAGACAGGAAGCACUGGAGAGACUAGAGGAGAGAAAGGCUGGUUCAACCCCUGGAGAACAUCUGGAUCAUCUCUGCUUUUCAUUCUGUUUAUUUAUAUAUUGCUUCAUACAGAAUGAAACACCGUGUGUAUGUGGAAAAGUGAAUCUACUUAAAACUGAAUUCAAAAUGCAUUUUUAUCUGUAAAUAAUAAAGAAUUUUGGAUAGAAGAAUAGAAAUAAAAA